AUGUCUGCGCUUAAAAGCGCGGGCCUGGCCGAGGAUGAGUAUGUCAAUCGUGACGUCCUACCUUCGGGACAAAACGUCGUGCUCAUGCUCGUCGGAUUGAUCGCAUCGGGGAAGACCACAUUCUCCCAAGCACUGGAGCGGCAUUUCCCCAAAUUUCGACGAUGCAGCCAGGACGACUUGGGCGAUCGUCGGAGCGUCGAGGCGCUUGUGCGCCGGUCCCUCGGGGAGGGCCUGUCCGUGGUCAUCGAUAGGGCGAACUUUGAUGAAAGGCAAGCAAGAACCCCAGACACCAUUUGUGCUGCGCGAUCGACCUGGAUCAAUAUUGCACGCGAGUUCCCCGGCACAGCGGCAUGGAUAAUCGUGUUCGACACGCCGUACGAAGUGUGCGCCGCAAGGCUAGCGGACCGUAAGGAUCACCCGACGAUCACCACCCCCGAGCUCGGUCUCCAAGUAUUGGAGCGCUUCAAGCUACUAUAUCGCUCGCCGUCGCCUCACGAAGGCUACUCUCGCAUCUUAUACCUCAAGCCUGAUGACCUCCCCCCACCCAGUGAGCUGACGGCCAAAGACGUACGGGACACAAUGCGCCGUCUGCGAAAUGCGCCGGAAGUCGUGUGGACAGACCCUCCUACCGGUUUUGGGUACGGUGGUUGUGGUGCGCGCGGUGGUUACAGUCGCGGCUACCGGGACAGCCGAGACCACAGGGGAGGUCACCCUCCUCGUCGUGCGUACACACCCCAAGGGGCUCCCCCGUAUCGAGGGGACUGGGCUCCGCGCGGUGGGUACCGUGGGGCAGGUGCGCCUCAGGAGAGGACUCGAUGGAACGCACAUUCGAGAGGCUUCUCCCCUGGGCGCGGCCCGUCUACGUCUGGACGGGCGUGGUCUGGGCGCACUACCACAGCCCAUGGAUCAUCAGGCGACCCUCAGUCGGGAGGGAGCUCGAGGGACUAUGACUACGAUCGUACUGAGCGCGACUGGCGACGAUGA